AUGGCAGGAUUUGGGCGCUCAAACUCGUUGAGUAUCAAUACUGGUGGGGGUGGAUUGUUCGGAAACAAUGCGAACCAAGGGCAGCAGGCAAGCCAGCCUCAGAGCAGCGGAGGGCUCUUUGGGUCUACCCAGCAACCACAACAAGCACAGUCAGGAUCGCUCUUCGGCGGCCAAACCCAGACUUCCCAGCCCUCAAGCGGCAGCCUCUUUGGCAAUUUGAACAAGCCUGCGACGACAGCGCCGGCGAGCGGAGGACUCUUUGGCUCAUCUACAGCGCAACCAACACAGCCCCAGAGCGGAGGCUUGUUCGGCGGCGCGUUGGGCGGAAACACUCAAAAUCAGACGCAGAACGCGCCCCAAUCCGGUGGGCUAUUCGGAGGCGCCCAGUCGAAGCCGUCACUAUUCGCCUCUUCAACACAACAGACAACAACACCCUCUUUAUUCGGAAACAACACAUCCACUCAGCAAAACCAAACAUCGACCCCGUCGCUUUUCGGUUCGACCCAACAGCAGGCUCAGCCACAGCAGCAAAACAGUCUUUUUGGUGGCACCAACACACAAAACAGGUCGAAUACACUUGGUGGCUCUACGCUUGGAGGAACCCAGAUGAGCUCAAGCGCACAGCCGGUGCAGAUGACCCUGGACUCGAUACGAGGAACUACGCGGUUCAACGACCUGCACCCCGAAAUACAAAACCUCAUUCAGCAAUUCGACGACGGCAUCCAGCGCAAGGUCAACUACUGCAACCAGAUCCGCGAGGCUCUUCCCGGCAGUGAGGGCGACAUUUCCACUAUUGCGCCUGACGUAGCAUACAUUGAGACCAUCCUCUCCACCGUCGAAGUCGGCCUGGACAACGAUUCUGCCAACAUUGCACACCUUAAAAAUCUUGUCAAGAAAGACGCCGACGACGCGACUCUCAGCUUCCGUGCCAUCGAAAAUCAACGCCUGCCAGCACAAUUUCAUUACCGCAAUAAUGCGAACCUUACAGCUUCAAGCACAAAGGCCCCCGCAACAAGCGCUCUGGAUGAUGACGAUCCGACAAAGCCUGUUGACCUGAUGGGCUACUUCAACCGCCGUACCGAUGAGCUCGGCAGUACUCUGGAUGUGUACCAGCGCCAGAUCCGUGAGAUUGAAGCACACUUACGAACGAUGGAGGCUGGCACGAUGGAGAAGGCUCAGCAACUGACGGGCAGCCGAAGCGCGCCACGUGAUCAGCGCCGUGAGCUCGUCGAAGCUCUCAAGGCCAUUGAGGGGGCUAUCCUCGACUCAGCCAAGAAAGUGGGCAAGGUCAAACCUGGUGACAAGAGUGGCGAGUUUAAACGCCAAACGUCCGUCUUCAGGAACUGGAUUCAGAACAAACCCGGUGCUGAGUUUCCGCCCGAGAAAGGUCGAUACCAUCUCUACGUUUCUUACGCUUGUCCAUGGGCCCACCGCACACUCAUCGUCCGUCAUCUAAAGGGCCUCGAGGAUAUCAUCUCCUAUAACAGUGUACACUGGCACAUGGCGGAGAAAGGCUGGCGAUUCGCAACCCCCGAUGAGCAGGUUUCCGGUAACACAACACCAGACCCACUCCACAAUGAAUACACGCAUCUACGUGACAUCUACUUUGAGCAGAACCCAGACUAUGAGGGUCGGUUCACUGUACCAACGCUCUACGAUAAGAAAGCCAAGAAGAUUGUCAGCAACGAGAGCGCCGAGAUUAUCAGGAUGCUGUACACCGAGUUUGACGAUAUCAUCGAGGAGAAGUACAGGAAGGUGGAUUUGUUUCCCAAAGAUCUCCAGAAGGAUAUCGAGGCUAUGAACGACUGGGUAUACAACGAUGUAAACAACGGUGUUUACAAGUCAGGGUUCGCUACCACCGAAGAGGCCUACACAAAAGCUGUGACACAGCUUUUCAAGUCUCUUGAUCGCCUGGAAGAGUCAUUGUCCAAGUGUUCGACACCAUACCUUCUUUCAAGCCCACAUGUGACUGAGGCUGAUAUCCGUCUCUUCACGACUAUCAUUCGCUUCGAUCCCGUCUAUGUCCAGCACUUUAAGUGCAACAUUCGCGAUAUUAGAUCGGGAUACCCUCUUCUACAUCAGUGGAUGCGUCAUUUGUACUGGGACUACCCCGCCUUCAAAGAAACCACAGACUUUGAACACAUCAAGAAGCACUAUACCAAGAGUCAUGGUCAGAUCAACAAAUUCCAGAUUACGCCCAUUGGCCCUGUGCCGGAUAUUCUGGAGAAAGAGGAUGAAGUGCCUAGCGUGAAGGCCGUAAUGAAGAAAUAG